ACCAUCGGUACGGACCAUGUCCCGAGCUUCAUCGUCUUCUACGACUCGCCGCACAAUGACACAAUCAUAAUCCGACUACAAACCCAUGGCAUACGACCCUACCGGCGGCUAUGCUGCUGCCGCGACGAACCUCCCUGACUCCUUCGACCCCUCGUUGCCCGUCUUCGAUGUACAACGAGUGCAGCUUCGCUUCGACAUAUCCUCGGACUUUGUCGCUGCCCAGGUCGCCAACAACGUCCUGAUCCUCGCUCUCUCUACUGGCCGCAUCCUGCGUUUCGAUCUUGACAGUCCUGAGGAUAUCGACGACAUUGACCUUCCCAAGAAGCCUUCGGAGAUUGGUGUCAUCCGUCGACUAUUCUUGGACCCUUCGGCCUCCCACCUCGUCAUCUCUACCACUCAGGGCGAGAACUACUAUCUGCACACCCAAUCACGGACCCCGAAAGCAUUGGCUCGUCUCAAGGGCGUACAAAUCGAGUCCAUCGCUUGGAACCCUUCCCAGCCCACCGCCUCCACCAGAGAGAUCCUGAUAGGUGCAUCCGAUGGCAACAUCUACGAGACAUAUAUCGAGCCUAGCGCUGAGUUCUACAGAAGAGAGGAAAAGUACUUGAAGACUUUAUACAAUGUUCAAGAUGGUCCAGUCGUUGGUCUGGCUGUUGAUAUUUCCUCGGAUACUCGUAGUGUCCUUGUAGCUACACCUACCAAGCUCCUGCUCUUUGUGGGAAGAGGCGGCCGUCAAGAUAGUGGCUCAAUUUAUCCCAGGCUGCUUGAGCGAGAGACGCCUGUGAUACACCAUCUCAAGGAUGCAACAUCGGGCCCCUCGACUUUGGUCACCAUAUCUGAACCAGCAGAUGCAUCGCCGUCUGAAUCGGCGCAGGAGAAUGUGUUUGCUUGGCUUAACUCUCACGGUGUGUUCCAUGGUGAUUUCGCUGUUGUGGUUCAGAACGCAGAAGCCAGCCCAUUUUCGGCAGCAAAAUUGUUGCCCAAGUCGGUAAUUCCUCCUUCCCAGACAUCCGGAGGCCGAAACAACCCCACCCUAGGACCCAUAUCAUCAAUAGCAUUGACGCAAUUCCAUGUCCUCCAUCUAGUCGAGGGUCGUGUUGUCGCGAUCAACAGACUUGAUGGCAGCUUGGUCUACGAUCAGCUUGUUCUGGAACCUGGCAAUGCACCGCUUGGUCUUUAUGCCGAUCACAAAAAGAAUACAUACUGGCUAUUUACUCAGCGAGAGAUUUUUGAAGUCGUUGUCACAGACGAAGCCAGAGAUGUAUGGAAGAUCAUGCUGAGGAACGAGCAAUUCGAUGCAGCAUCACGCUAUGCCAAAUCCGCCGCUCAAAAAGAUGCCGUGGCCACUGCUUCUGGAGAUCACCUCGUCUCAAGGAGGCGCUUCUCGGAAGCUGCUGCCGUGUAUGGCAGGAGCACAAAGCCAUUUGAAGAAGUCGCACUUACCUUCAUCGAUCAAGGAGAACAAGACGCUCUCAGAAAGUACCUUUUAACAAAGCUUUCCAUACUCAAGAAAUCGUCGACGAUGCAGAGAAUAAUGGUCGCGAGUUGGCUGGUCGAACUCUUCAUGGCUAAGCUCAAUCUCUUAGAUGACACCAUCUCGGCAAAAGCAGAACUUUCAGAAGCGGCUCCAAUCGCCAACGUGCAAGAAGACCUUCCCUCGAUGCGCCGCGAAUUUCGGGAGUUCGUCUCAAAGUUCAAAUCCGACCUGGACAGAAAGACGACCUAUGAGUUGAUCAGCAGUCACGGGCGAGAAGAAGAGCUGCUCUACUUUGCUAACGUCAUCGACGACUAUAACUAUGUCUUGUCUUAUUGGGUGCAGAGAGAACGAUGGCAGGAGGCCAUGUCUGUUCUCAAGAAACAAACAGAUCCCGAGAUCUUCUAUCAGUAUAGCAGUGUCCUAAUGACACAUGUUGCUGUUGACCUCGUAGAAGUCAUGAUGCGCCAAAACAAUCUGGAAGCUAACAAACUUAUACCCGCUCUGCUCAACUACAACAAGACAGCAGACGUUCCUUUAAGCCAAAAUCAAGCCGUCCGCUAUCUCCAGUUCUGUAUCAAUCAGCGCCACUCGACAGAGACCGCAGUUCACAAUACUGUGGUCUCAAUCUACGCAGCACAUCCUACCCAAGAUGAAACUGCCCUCUUCCAAUAUCUCACAACACAAAGUGCAUCCCACGAGCAGAACUAUGAUGCGGAUUUUGCUCUACGUCUUUGCAUUGCCCACCAGCGUGUUCAAUCAUGUGUGCACAUCUACUGCACCAUGGACCAAUAUGCACAAGCCGUGGAUAUGGCACUGAAACAUGAUCAGGUGGAUCUUGCUGCGAAUGUUGCCGACCGACCUGGAAAUGACCCUGCCCUUCGCAAGAAGUUGUGGUUGAAGGUUGCUAAAAAGGUCAUUGGUCAAAGUAAAGGCAUUAAAGCCGCCAUGGAGUUCCUUAAGCGCUGCGAGUUGUUGCGCAUAGAAGACUUGAUUCCCUUCUUCCCAGACUUCGUGGUCAUUGACGACUUCAAAGAGGAGAUCUGCGCCGCCCUCGAGGAAUACUCACGACAGAUCGAAGGGCUGAAACGAGAGAUGGACGAAAGCGCGAACACUGCGCAGCACAUCAAGGAGGACAUUAAAUCCCUCGAUCAGAGAUAUGCAAUUGUCGAGCCUGGUGAGAAGUGUUGGAGCUGCAGGCUUCCUCUGUUGAUGCGCCAGUUCUUCGUGUUCCCCUGUCAACACUCUUUCCAUGCUGAUUGCCUUGGCAAGAUGGUGCUUCAGAGUGUCGGAAUGGGUAAAAGUAAGCGCAUCAAGGAGCUGCAGACCGAGGUCGGACGAGCGGUUGUCACAGGCAAGAAACGAGAACGCAUGGUCAAGGAAUUGGAUGCCCUUGUUGCAGGCGCUUGGUAAGUCUGAUUCCGCUAGAUUAACGUGCAGCUUGCUAACCAACCGCUAGUGUACUGUGCAGUGAAAUGGCAGUCAAGCGCAUCGACGAACCCUUUGUGACUGCUACCGACAACAAGAAUGAGUGGACCAUCUGAACACGGGAUGCCUAAUCCGCACAACCUGAGAACACUUACCGAUACCUCUGUAUACAAUGUAGUUUCCAACUGCUAUUUGGCGUCACAUCACCGAUGCAGUCAUUUCCUUCGUCGCAAGUGCAAGAUACCGUAUUCACC